CCUGUUAUUUUGCAUUGUUUGCUUGAUGGCAGUGGUACCUGACUCACCUAUCGUCACGUGCAGCUCUCCGAAGAAAAACCUCCGUAGUUAUCGCGAGCGGAAUGACAAGCUAUUGUUGUCGGUUUCGCGACUCUCAUUUUUGCGGCAAGAAGACCAAGGCUAACUGCGGCAAUUUUCCAUACGGUCCUUUUGCGGUUUUUUCUUGAUCACCGAAGCCAUUCCGAGACGCCUUCUCCGAGCCGCACCGGCCGAAUUUAUUCCAACUCUUUCACCCCACCAUUGCCCGCGGGGCUCAAAGACAUAAUGGUGCACUCAACGCCAGUACCAAGCAGUGGCUUCCAAGCUCUGAUCCUCUGUGGUCCCGGCGAGAGCUUGAAUACAAUUUCCUCCAAUCCGGAGGAAAAUCCAAAAUGUCUAAUUCCCAUAGCACUAAGGCCAAUGGUGUACUACCCGCUAGAUUGGUGCAAGCGCGCAGGAAUAACUGAUAUCGUACUGAUUACACCUCCCUCCGCUCUCACUCCUCUUAAGGCCGCUCUACAACAAAACCCUUAUCUUACAUCGCUCCCUUCGCCCUCACCUACCGUUAUAGCCCCGAAGGAUCUCAAGAUGACGACAGGAACAGCGGAACUCCUCCGACUACCAGAGGUACAAGCUUGUAUUCGAUCUAAUUUCUUGCUCCUAAGCUGCGAUCUACUAUGCGAUAUCCCCGGCGAACAUUUACUUGAGGCAUGGUUAGUCUCACAAGGUGAAUUGGGCCCAGCUUCCCAAGGUGGCUUGUCCGUGUUCUAUCCCGCAAAAGGCAUUAAGGACGAGGUCAAGAAAGAGCCGACAGACUUCAUGGCAAUCACCUCUCUCGAGCAAGAUGAGGUUCCAGCCCUCUCGCGAUAUAAACUCUCAAAACUGGUUUUAUCGAUGCCGAUGGAUACAUUGAAAGAGCAGAUAGAGGAAGAUAAGAGCUUCUUACUCCGUCAUACUUUAGUUGAGAAGCAUGCCUCGGUCAAAAUGCUAACCAGCUAUCGUGAUGCACACUUAUACAUUCUGCCUAAGUGGAUCCAAUCGCUUGCCCAGUACCAGGAGCGGUUUGAAUCCGUGAGUGAAGACUUGAUCGGAUACUGGGCGAAAGCGGAGUGGCAGCGCGGGCUGAGUGAAAAGCUCGGGAUUAAUAAGAUAUUGGGCGGGCAGAAUGAGAAUCAAGAGGAUCACGGAAGCAAUGACGGCGAUUUAUUGGAGGAAGAAAUCGAUCUUCGUGGCAUGACCACUACCCACGCCCAGGGUUCCGAGGCCCAGUCUACAAAAUCCACCCUCAAUGACCAGUCUUCGGUGGAAGUGCCAUCGAUCCUAGCAUACAUGACCAAGUCGUCUGAGCAACUCGUUCGGCGCGUUGACAGUUCCGCUUUGGUGUUAGCGAUGUCACUGCGUCUCGCCAAGCUCGAUUCUGUUGAAGACGUUGGCCGUGUUGCUGCUUCGCCAUUCAGCCAUGCCUCGAAGAUUGCUACCCCUGAAGGAAUUGCCUCUAAAUCUAUUGUCACAAAAGGCGACUGCUUACUAGGAUCCAACGUGACGGUGGAAGAAAAAUGUGUUAUAAAAGAAUCGUGCAUUUCGCCUAAUGCAAAGAUUUGCAGCGGCGCUCGCUUGACGAGAUGUGUGAUUAUGGACAACGCGGUCAUCGGACCAAAGUGUGUGCUCACAGGAUGCAUCGUGGGUAGAUACAGUCAAGUCGGACGAGAGUCUGUUCUUAAGGACUGUGAGGUCCAAGAUGGCGUUGUGGUUGAGGAAGAGACCGACGCCAAGAAUGAACAAUUCAUGAGCUUCGAGGGUCUUGAUGAGGACGACGAGGAUGAUAUGGAUGUCGAGGACGACCAAGAUAAUGAUGACGAGGCUGUUUUCUAGAUGAAUACGAUACCAAAAAUAAAUACCAGCGUCUUAGACAUCUUAGAGUUAGGAUUUAAUGCUCUUACUCA